AUGAAAAAACUAAUUGAAAAGAAUGUGAUAAAAAUAAACUAUAAUAGGUUUCUAAAACAAUAUAAAACAAACAUUGGGUGUGAGAAAGAUGUAAAUGAUAAGGAAUUGUAUGAACAUUUUAUAAUAAACCCUUUCACCUACUCUCAACCAUUUGGCUGUUUGCCAAAAAAUUACUCAGAUAUAAAGGAGCAUUAUUUAGAUGGAGUAAAUAUUUUCGAAAUAGUUGAUUAUGUUAAUAUAAGUGAGCGCAUGUAUAAAUUUGAAAACGUAACAGAAGACGAUGACAAAGAAGAAAAUGACGAGUUAAAAGAUUUUAUGACCAAUUCAGAAUCUGGAGAAAUGGACAACAUGGAAGUUUCUACUACAAGAAGACGGGGAAAGAAAAACAAAAAAAAUAAUAUAAAAAAGGUAGGUAGUAGAAAAGCGAACCGCGAUGGUCGUGUUGAUGCUGAUCAGGUUGAUGAUGACAAUGAUGAUAAAAAAGACGGUAAUCAGUUUAACAACAAUAAUAACAGAUUUAGGAGGAUGUAUCGUUUUUUAUUAUUUGAUGGAAAUAGUUUUAUUUAUGCUUAUGAACAACAAUUUAAUGAAAAUUUUAAUUAUCUUGAUAUGAAUAAAUAUAAAUACCCCAAAAUUAUUUUAUAUAAUAGACCUACUAUUCGACGUGGUGCAAUAUUACUAAAGAAAAAUCAAGCAGCUAUUUUGUUUAAAGGGUCUAAAAUAGCAGAAGCUUAUGAUAAUAUGGAGGAGAAUGAAAUUGAUGAAGUAGAUCCCAUAAGAGGACAAAAUAAUUUUAUAGAAUUAGCACAUGACACUACAAAAACGGAUAAUUUUGUGAAUAGUACAAUUAUACAUAAAAAGAAAGAAUUUAAUAAAAAUGUGUGUAAUACUACGAGAAAUUUUUAUUAUGAUAAUACACAUUCGGGUGAGAAUUGUUAUAAUAAAUCAGUGGUCAAAAAUACAAGUAACAAGAUCUUAUAUCAUAGCAAUAAUCCUGGUAACUGUAACUGGUACAAUCAACAAGAUGUUGACAUGUUUGGUAAAGAAUGCACCAAUAGAUCAUAUAAUUAUAAUUUUAACGGAGAUUAUCACAGUAUGGAAAAUGGUAAAGCAAAUUAUUAUGGCAAUUAUCAGAACGAAGAUAAAAACCGUAUUCAUAACAGUAGUCCUUACAGUACAUAUAAAAAUGAAAGCAAUAAUUUUAACUCUACAUUUAAAUCGGACAACUCAAAUUGUUGUGUCAUCACUAAUAGCAAUAGUGGCAAUAAUGGCAAUAAUAUUAGCAGAGAUGAGUACACCAGUGUUAAUGUUCUAGCCAACAAUGAUAAUUAUAGUUAUUCGGAGAAGUGCCAUAAUAAUAAUUACUCCCAGAAACACGUAAAUGAAUAUCAAACCAAGCAUGGUAGUGAAUUCUUAAUAAAAGAGGGAAGGAAUAGCUAUUAUAUAAAAGAUAGUACUAAUUACACUAAUGAAUGUGAUAAGUUUUACUCUAGAAGAUGUAAUGAUGACCAGUCUACAAAAUUUAUUAACACAUAUUCUGACAUGCGUGACACAUAUCACCUUACGAGAUGUGAAUCAAGUGAAAAAAGAAUCAAAAUAGACAAUUGUUCUGAAGAAAUAAGGAACAAACGUAACUAUAACGAUAUAAAAUUAGUGAAUAAUCAAAGAUUAAAUAAUAAUAUAGAAGAAAAGAGAUGCGUUUGUUUCGAUAGUAACAAUAAUCCAAAUAAUAGUAACAAUAAUGGUGCCAGUUAUUUAAAUGAUAAAGGUAACUAUGAUUAUGUAGAUGGCUGCAACUCAGAAAUCUGCACACAUCAAAAAAAGGACAGAUAUGCAUUUGAAAGUGAAACAGGUAACAACUGUUUGGGAAAACCAUUUGAAAAUGUGCACUCUUCCAUAAGUCAUGUGCAUAGUAGUAAUAGCAUAUGUUAUAAUAAAAAUUACGAUAGGGGAAACUUUUCAGAACAAGACAAUAAAUACUGUGGAAAAUUACAUAAUAGCACAUUUUCAGCAAAAAACGGUAUGCACGAUAAUUCUGAUGUAAUAAAAAAAGAUGAACAAUUCAAUGAAUGUAACCAAAAUAACCAUUCCAAGAAUUCAAAAAAUUCUACUGAUUUAAUCGAUUUGACGGAAGGAUUUUUUUUAUCUGAUUUUUUUCACAAAUCGAAGGAUUUAAAUAACGUAAAUAAUAAUAGUGAUGUUAUCAUAUUAGAUGAUUGA